CGUAAACUGCACCUGUGAGGAGAUAAAGGGGUGUUGGAGCUUCCCCGGACACACUCUCCUGAAAUAUCGGACGUUUCUGCAGUUCAGCUUCCUGCCGAUCGACAAGCAGCCAACAUGUGUUGUUCCGGGUUCCUCAAGAUCAUGAUGUUCGUCUUCAACGGCGGCAUCUUUCUGGCCGGCGCCGCCAUCCUGGGCCUGGGCGUGUGGGUGAAGGUGGACAGCGGCUCCCUGCUGGGGUUCCUGGACGGCGUGGAGGACGCCCCGGACGCGCUGGACCAGCUCGUCCACGUCAGCUACCUGCUGAUCGGCGUGGGCUCGGUCCUGCUGGUCAUGGGCUUCCUGGGCUGCUGCGGGGCCAUGAGGGAGAGCCGCUGCAUGCUGCUGACGUUCUUCAGCAUCGUGCUGAUCAUCUUCAUCAUCGAGGUCGCCGGCGCCAUCGUGCUGCUCGUCUUCCAGGGUCUGGCCGAUCAGCUGCUCCAGGGCCUGGAGGAUGAGGUUCGGAAGGGCCUUCAAGCGCGCUACGGGGAUGACAACAGUAUGACGCCUCUCUGGAACUCAACCAUGGAAGAGUUUCACUGCUGCGGAUACAAGAACUACAGUGAUUUUGAGAACUCUCCUUACAAUACGAGGUACGGCACUUUCCCACCAACAUGCUGCAAUGAGAACGAUAACGCGACCGCCGUAUGUGACCUUGCUCACGCAGAGAGAUCGGACGUCCCCGGCUGCUUUCACGUGCUGCUGAAGUUCAUAGAGGACAACGUGCUCAUCAUCGCCGCCGUGGCUCUGGGAAUCGCUGCUCUCGAGAUUGCUGCCAUGGUGGUGUCGAUGGUCCUGUACAAGCAGAUCGGCUCCAAGGCGUGACGACGUCUCCGAGGCCCCCGGAGCGCCCGGAGCCCCCGGAGCCCCCGGAGCACCCGGAGCCCCCGGAGCCCCCGGAGCACCCGGAGCACCCGGAGCUGGACGCUCUCCCGUCAGCACUUCUCUGUGUACAAAGUUUUGUGUGCUUGAUUUAACGAGGCUUGUUAACGAAGUGAACACCUGACGCUCUACUGUGGCAAGCCCUUUUAACAUUUAAUGGCUAAGUUUAACUGUCCGGAAUUAUCUUUAUCAAUUACAUUGUGACUAGUCAGAAUUGUCAUUCAAGAUACCUAUAACGUCAUUUUGGUCAAAACUCUAAUUCAAGAUAUCUGUAAUUACAUUUUGACUAGGCAGAAUGGAAGUCAAAGAUAUCUCCAAUUUGAGAUAAUUCCAAUUAAAAUUCAUUUCAAGAUAUCUAUAACUUGAUUAUAGAUAUCUACAAUUAAAUUAUGACUAUCCGUAAUUCCAGUUUGAGAUAUCUACAACUUCUUUCUGACUAGUCAAAACUUAAUUUAAGAUAUCUAAAAAGGACGAUGUACAUAUCUUGAAUUGAGGGGAGUUUAAGAUAUCUUGAACUGGAAUUAUGACUAGUCAGAAUUAAAUUGCAGAUAUCUGAAACUGGAAUUACAGCUAGUCGUAAUUCCGUUGCAGAUAUCCGUAAUUCACAUUGCGGACAUGUCUAAUUAGAAACUCCAUACACAUGAAUGGCAAAUGUGACGUAAUUUGUCCUAGGCAGAAUGACAUUGUGGAUAUCUGAAAUGCUCUUUUUGACUGGUAAGAACACAUAUCCAGUCUAGCUGUUAAAUAUUAAAACGGCUUACCGUACUCUACAAGAAUCUCAGACCUUCCCCUCUGUUCACAGUUAUGAUGUAAUAUUUAUACGAGCUUCUGCUCAGCUGUUUGUGCUGAUACGUUUGAUACGAACACGUCAUGAUGCACAGUGUGAAGACAUCUGGUGACAUUGAGGCAGCAAUAAUAUAAUAUAACACAUUUAUUUUUGUAUGCUUGAUCACAUUGGAGAAAUAAAUAUCUAUAUAUUGA